AUGGCACGGGAGGGCAUCGGGUCUGCCACCGGGAUACGGCACGGGAGGGCACGGGGAUGCGGCACGGGUGGACACCGGGUCUGCCACCGGGACACGGCACCGGAGGGCACCGAGUCCGCCACCGGGGCACCCCAUGUUUCCAGGUCUGUGUCUCCCACCACGACAUCUCAGAUACAAGCCAGGAAGAAGAGGAGAGGGAUCAUCGAGAAGCGACGCCGUGACCGUAUCAACAGCAGCCUCUCGGAACUGCGGCGCCUGGUGCCCACAGCCUUUGAGAAACAGGGAUCUUCCAAGCUGGAGAAGGCAGAAAUUCUACAAAUGACAGUGGAUCACUUAAAAAUGCUUCACGCCACUGGAGGAACAGGCUUCUUGGAUGCUCGAGCUCUAGCUGUGGAUUACAGAAGUAUUGGCUUCCGCGAGUGCCUCACCGAAGUCGUCAGGUACUUGGGCAUCCUGGAGGGGCAAAACGCCGCCGACCCCAUCCGCCUGCGCCUCCUCUCCCACCUGAAUAACUACGUGGCAGAAAUGGAGCCUUCACCCGUGGCCACCUCCCUGCUGCCCAUCCAGACGUGGCUUUUUCGCGCCGCUGGCCCCGUGCAGAUCCCCAGGAGGGAAGCUGCUCCCGCUCCGCUUGUUUUGACUGCGUCUUCCCUGCCUUACCCGAGCCCUGCCGUGAGGCCAGCCCCGCUGCGCCGCAUCCCUGGCGACUUGCUGCCGUCCCGGCGGAGCUUCUUAGCCAGCAGGAUGGGCUCUUCCAGCCGGAGGGCCAGAGGCACCUGCUCGGCCGUAGCUGCCGUGCCCAGGAUGCCAUCGCCAGGUGUGUUGAGAGAGGGCUCAUCCAAGAGCAGCCAAAUUGCCACGUUCCUCUUCUCCCCAACCUCCGCCGGCGUUCCCGUUCCUCCAGCUUACACAGCUCCUCCCGUCUUGGGCACUGCCACGCAGGGACCCGCGAUGAGGGUUGGGACAUCCAGGAUCUGCCGCUCGUGGGCGACUGAAAUUGGGGCUUUCUGA